GAUCAUCUUCUUGUUUUUAGUUUUAGUUUUGGCAGUCUGGUGACAUUCCUGUCAGUCAGAUAUAACAGAUCUCUGCAGCUCAGAUUUGCUUUCAUAACGUUUGAAGAGCUUGAAGAUCAGACCAAGACAUUUCUGACAGCUAUUAGACAUCUGUUGGUCACAAUAUAUCACUAUGGAUUACUCUACAAAAACCCUGGCUCAGGGCUGCUUUGGGAAAAUAUAUCAGCAGAAGUUUGGAGAUGCAUGGGCUGCUAUGAAGAAAGUCCCUGUACGUUUCAUCAGCGAAAAAGACCUCCAAAGGGAAUGCGAAGUAUAUAAUAAUGCUCGGCAUCCAAAUGUGGUGAGGCUUCUUGGUAAGCCUUGGAUUGAUGACUAUAAGUGGCACAUUCCUAUGGAAUUCAUAUUUGGGGAAGAUCUUGAGACAACCAUCUUUGAAUCAGCAAACUCCAAAAUACAGUUGACUCCAGCUGUGAAAGCCACGAUCAUCAUUGGUAUGUGUGAUGGAUUGCAUCAUCUGCACAGUAAAGACAUCAUCCACCAAGACCUCAAACCUGAUAACAUCAUGGUUGAACAUCAAACCCAUCGUGCUGUGAUCAUUGACUUGGGACUGGCAAAGUUCUCCAAAGACGGGCUGAACUCUGCACAAAACUUGGGCAAUGAAGCGUACUCAGCUCCAGAGAUCCUGCGGAGUAAAGGGGUUCGUGACAAGCAAUCAGAUGUUUGGGCCAUGGGUAAAAUCAUUGCUGAACUCUGUGCCGGGACCAGGUUGAAAACUCAAUACCUGUGUGCCAGCAAAAUUCAGGAAACUCUUAAAACAGAUCAAACAUACUGUACACCAGUAUCCAAGAUGGUGGAGACCAAUCCAGAUUACAGAGUUACUAUGGAUGAUAUCCUUCCAGAAAUUAAGGAAGCUGCUUCAGCUUCAAAAAGGGAGAGCCAGCCAAGAGACAUCACUUUUACACAGGGAAAUCAAAUGAGAGGAAACACUACAGCUGCACUUAACUCAGACGACUGGAGAGCUGGAUCAGCUUUACUAAUUAACAGCGGCCCAAGAAACCUCACUGUAAUGCAAAGAAAUGAAAUGAGGGGAAAUGGCUUCCCAGAAAUGAGGGGAUCUUUGUUUGCUUCAUCUAUGGACAUGAGAGAUGGCACCGUAACACAGAAUUAUGCAAUGAUGGGAAAUGCUGUGGAUGAACUCAUGCCUAACAUUAGAGCUCAACAAAUGGAUAUAAGAGAUGAAAUACAGAGACAUCACAUGAUGGUAAAACAGAGUUUGGGUCUGCCAAUAUCUCCUAUGUUAAAUGUUCAACAUGAACCACUUCAACAGUUGGGAAUGGGAAGGGGAGGAGUCUUCCCAUUUACAGGCGAUGGCGUAAUCAAUCAGAUGUCCAAAAUGUCAAUGACUGGAGAAAUCAAACAGAUCUCUGGAGCUCAGAUUUGCUUUCAACGUUUGAAGAGCUUGAAGAUCGGACGAAGACAUUUUAAAGUUCGGCACCCAAAUGUGGUGAAGCUUCUUGGUGACCCUUGGGUUGAAGACUAUAAGUGGCACAUUCCUAUGGAAUUCAUCUUUGGAGAAGAUCUGGAGACAACCAUCUUUGAAUCAGCAAACUCCAAAAUACAGUUGACUCCAGCAGUGAAAGCCACAAUCAUCAUUGGUAUGUGUGAUGGUUUGCAUCACCUUCACACUAAAGACAUCAUCCACCAAGACCUCAAACCUGAUAACAUCAUGGUUGAACACCAAACCCAUCGUGCUGUGAUCAUUGACUUGGGGCUGGCAAAGUUUUCCAAAGACGGGCUGAACUCUGCACAAAACUUGGGCAAUGAAGCGUACUCAGCUCCAGAGAUCCUGCGAAGUGGUGAGGUUCGUGACAAGCAAUCAGAUGUUUGGGCCAUGGGUAAAAUCAUUGCUGAACUCUGUGCCGGGACCAGGUUGAAAACUCAAUACCUGUGUGCCAGCAAAAUUCAGGAAACUCUUAAAACAGAUCAAACAUACUGUACACCAGUAUCCAAGAUGGUGGAGACCAAUCCAGAAUACAGAGUUACUAUGGAUGAUAUCCUUCCAGAAAUUAAGGAAGCUGCUUCAGCUUCCAAAAGGGACAGCAAGCCAAGAGACACCAAUGUAACAUCACUGGGAAAUGAAAAGAGGGGAAAUACCUCAGCUGCACUUAACUCAAACGACUGGAGAGCUGGAUCAGCUUUACUAAUUAACAGCGGCCCAAGAAACCUCACUGUAAUGCAAAGAAAUGAAAUGAGGGGAAAUGGCUUCCCAGAAAUGAGGGGAUCUUUGUUUGCUUCAUCUAUGGACAUGAGAGAUGGCACCGUAACACAGAAUUAUGCAAUGAUGGGAAAUGCUGUGGAUGAACUCAUGCCUAACAUCAGAACAUCUCCUUUAGCUCAACACAUGGACCUAAGAGAUGAAAUACAGAGACAUCACAUGAUGGUAAAACAGAGUUUGGGUCUGCCAAUAUCUCCUAUGUUAAAUGUUCAACAUGAACCACUUCAACAGUUGGGAAUGGGAAGGGGAGGAGUCUUCCCAUUUACAGGCGAUGGCGUAAUCAAUCAAAUGUCCCAAAUGUCAAUGACCGGUGAAGUCCGUCAAAGCUUUAGUGAGCAAAAAGUAGCUAUGAAUUAUAAAAAGGUUGAAUCAUCUGGAGGAACAUCCUUUAGCUAUAAUAAAGUGCAAAUGAGUAAACAUAUUUCAAAAUAAGUCCCAGAAAAAGCUUUUCUACCACAGUGUAACUCCAUAUGUUUAGUAAGUGGUGAUUGUUAUUAUUAAUAUUAUCUGUUAUGUUAAUGUCUCAAUAAAGAUUUAUUUUCAAAGGUGAAUUUACUCUAUAAGGUUUGGUGCAUGUACACUAUUUUACAAAAUUACUAUUUGUACUCUUUUUGUAUGUUUUUUUUUAAUAUUUCAAAAUAUAUUUCUUUAGAAAAGUAUAUUCCCUGUAUAAAGUUUGGUGAAUUUACACUACUUUUCUACAUUACUAUUUGUACUCACUAAGUAUACAAAGUAUGUUUUUUGUUGUUAUUUUAAUGUCUCAAAAUAGAAUUCUUUAGAUAAGUGUAUUAACUGUAAAAGGUGUGAUGCAUGUACACUAUUUUACUAAAUUACUAUUUGUACUUAUAAAGUAUACUAAGUAGUUAAGGGCUAUUUUUUCCAAACUGUGUUUG